AUGCUUCAAAUGGACCCUUCCUUGGUUUACCCCUGUAAGAUGCUUCAAAUGGACCCUUCCUUGGUUUACCCCUGUAAGAUGCUUCAAAUGGACCCUUCCUCGGUUUACCCCUGUAAGAUGCUUCAAAUGGACCCUUCCUCGGUUUACCCCUUGGGAAAACAUCCCUCUAGUGAAACCACAACUUCUGACUGUAGUGAGUGGGAAAACAUCCCUAGUGAAACCACAAUCCCUCUGACUGUAGUGAGUGGGAAAACAUCCCUAGUGAAACCACAACUUCUGACUGUAGUGAGUGGGAAAACAUCCCUAGUGAAACCACAACUUCUGACUGUAGUGAGUGGGAAAACAUCCCUAGUGAAACCACAACUUCUGACUGUAGUGAGUGGGAAAACAUCCCUAGUGAAACCACAACUUCUGACUGUAGUGAGUGGGAAAACAUCCCUAGUGAAACCACAACUUCUGACUGUAGUGAGUGGGAAAACAUCCCUAGUGAAACCACAACUUCUGACUGUAGUGAGUGGGAAAACAUCCCUAGUGAAACCACAACUUCUGACUGUAGUGAGUGGGAAAACAUCCCUAGUGAAACCACAACUUCUGACUGUAGUGAGUGGGAAAACAUCCCUAGUGAAACCACAACUUCUGACUGUAGUGAGUGGGAAAACAUCCCUAGUGAAACCACAACUUCUGACUGUAGUGAGUGGGAAAACAUCCCUAGUGAAACCACAACUUCUGACUGUAGUGAGUGGGAAAACAUCCCUAGUGAAACCACAACUUCUGUGUAGUGAGUGGGAAAACAUCCCUAGUGAAACCACAACUUCUGACUGUAGUGAGGGGAAAACAUCCCUAGUGAAACCACAACUUCUGACUGUAGUGAGUGGGAAAACAUCCCUAGUGAAACCACAACUUCUGACUGUAGUGAGUGGGAAAACAUCCCUAGUGAAACCACAACUUCUGACUGUAGUGAGUGGGAAAACAUCCCUAGUGAAACCACAACUUCUGACUGUAGUGAGUGGGAAAACAUCCCUAGUGAAACUACUUAAUUUUAAAUACAAACAAAUAUCCAGUUGCCCCAUGGGAAAAUAAGUAGGCCUAUAUGAUUCACAUUGGAAAUCCUUAAGAGACCUAAUAACACAUCUAUGUAUAAAAGACCAAAUUGUGGUUAAAACCACGAGGCAGAAUAAAAUACGUGUUCUAUUCUUAAUAAUGUCAUACAUGUCACUCUAGCAUCUCGCCUGUCGUUCAGCCUGUCAGUUGUGGUCCAGGGGUCAACUUGAGAGGUCAGUCACUCCCGUGGUGCUGUAUAUCCAGGAAGAACAUGGGGAGGGAGAUAACACAAACACUUCCUGAUUCACAACAUGGGGCAGGGGCUUAUUCUGGAGGGGCACAACAACAUUUACAUAGAAAUAUAUUGUGUGAAAUAUCUCUAUCUGCAAUGGCCUAGUAAAUGGUGCAGCCUUUAAAUUGUACCUUUAUUUAACUAGGCAAGUCAGUUAAGAACAAAUUCUUAUUUUCAAUGACACCUAGGAACAGUGGGUUAACUGCCUGUUCAGGGGCGGAACGACAGAUGUGUACCUUGUCAGCUCGGGGAUAUGAACUUGCAACCUUUCGGUUACUAGUCCAAUGCUCUAACCACUAGGCUACCCUGCCGCCCCACUACUGAAUAAGCCCCAAGAAAGGCUUGUUUUGUAACUUUGUGUCCCAUGAUCCUAACUCCUCUAAUAGGACUGACAUUCAAGCAAACAUGCAGUACAGAAAAAACCCAUUACAUUGGUCUUUUUACAAAAACAA